AUGCACCCGUGCACUCCAUCAUCAUCAUCAUCACCACUCCGUCCCCCGGCGAUCACGCAUAUUCGAACGACCGUUCCUUCCAGCCUGCCCCACCCGACCGGAUCGCGAGCCCAAGCAGCAGCCGACGCGUGCUUCCGCAAUGCCUCCGGCAUGCAAUUGCUUUGGUCUCGAGCUGCAUCAGCUCACCUCUGCAGAUGCAGAGCCUACGCCAGCCCUCAUGCCACUGGCAUGCCAAUGAGACGCGCCAUCACCGCUGCGGACCGUCUCCGAAGUCCACGACUCGGCAGAAAAUCCAUAGCGACAGUUCAUACCACGACAUGCGGUGCACCAGCUGUUCUCGACAACUGGUACGAGAAUGCGCGGCGCAAGGCGCUGGAUAGGAAGAUCGGGCCUCCGAGCAGAAAUUUGGUCCAGUUGCGCCGCCUAUCGUCCUCAAUUGCCAGCAACCAAGAUGCCAAGGAGCGCGCUCCCUCGACAGGCCAUCUGCUUGCCCAUGCCAUGCAGCCGUCGCUCAGCAAAGACCCCAUUGGAAUUUUAAUGUCCAUCUGCAAAAUGGACGAUGCCCUCAUCCGCCAUGCUGAAAGCAGACCAGUCUUCGGCACAUUCCUACAAACCAUGCACAAGAGUUACGAUCCAAAGGAAAGACUGGGGGACUCAAACUUCUUUCCUAUGGGGCCAAACUUUGAUAUGGUUGCCGACUCUAUAAACGAAGAAUAUCAGCCGGGUGGCGUCCUCCAUCGGGAGCCUCUGACGAACCAGCAAUUCGAGCGAUAUCACGAUAUGAUGAACAAACUUGCCGACUCAUUGAUCAUACAGUCUUACUAUGACGAGACUCCGGGGGACCCCGAGGCUGCUCGCCGGUCGCUCGAUAGUUUGGAUUCUGCCUGGACAGCUAUUCGCCUGCUCCGUUCUGAGGGAUACCCUCGGUACAACCACCCAGGGGUCGACCCGACUGCUGCGAAAAAGGGUCGUGCUAAUCUCACGGCCAUGCUCCGAAAACUCUUCGAUUCCUGGAAUGAGACGACUCGUUCCAAGUAUCAAGUAGCCAAGAUCUGCUACAACCUCCUCGUCUGUCCAGUCCCACCCAGCAUCCAUCACUACAACACCCUCAUACUAGGCUUCACACGCAAGAGAAUGCAUCAUCUUUCGGACCUGGUAGUGGAAUCUCUCCUCGACGAGAGCCGUCUGCGACCCACUUCUCAAACAGUUGCCUGUCUACUGCUUCAUUACCAACAUAAAAACGACCUCCUCGGCUUUUAUGGCAUCAUUCGCCGCAUGAUGGCUAUCGACAACCGUGGGCUGCUUACAAGGCGGCGAUGGUACGAGGAAACGCUUCAGAUCCCAGAUCUGCGCAAGUGGGCGAAGCAGCCCGAGGUGACGACUUCUCUGAAGGGGAACUGGGUGAUCGAGAGGCCAAUGAGGAACCGAGAUAUAUAUGAAGGUCUUGUGUGUGGGCUCCUGCAUUUCGGUCGAGUCAAGGAUGCUGCCAAAGUCUUCGUGGCCUCGCUACAAGAGAAAUGGGGUAUCAGCGUCGAGCUUUUUAUCCAGCUGCUGAGACAAUGUCUGUACACGUUGGAUGCCCCCGCGGCGGAUAUCCUCGUGCGCGGCUUUAUCGGAAACGCCGGGGUCAUGACAGCCCUUAUUCUCAGAGAGAAUUGCCCAAGGAAACUAGCGGAACACCUGUACCCACUGCUGAACAUUGGCAAACCACCGAGUUGGCCCUUCUCGGAGGAAAGAGCCAGUAUGGCAUGGCAUUCUGCAAGCCUUGCAAUCACCACCGAGGACCGACUGAGCAUCCGGCGCCUCACUGUUGCCAUGUUCAUCAGGCAAGCGGAAACACACCUCUUGCGACUGCAUCACAUCAUUCGCCGAAUCAAGCGCAUAAUGAACAUUGCGCUAACUCCGCGAGCCCGCAUGGACUACGCACAAAUGGGGAUGGGUGAGCUUCUGUCUGUGUCCCUGCACAACCGACAACUUGCGGCGAGACUGUUGAAGCACCAGGCGCUCCUAAAGAUAGCUAGAGAACUGGAGGAGAGCACAUGGGAUAUCGUGCCGGGAAAGCUAGCGACCACUUACAAUGAUGUGGUACUCGUCCUGGAGAGGUCUAUCCCCAGGCCAGCGCGGCCCGGGGGGUGGGAGCACUUCGAGGACGACGAGGAGGUCACCCUACUCGCCGGCAAGUGGAUGCGGUAUCGCCUGAGCAGGAUGCACGGCAUCAGGAGCGAGGCAGCGCGGACCGAGCUUGAUGCCGAGCUGGCUCUCGUGAUGGCCCGGCGGCUGGUGGGGCUCGUCCGGGGCAUAUUGAUCCGUGCGGCCAGUAUGAAUCCGGCUGUGGAAAGCGACCCCGUUUGGAAGCCACUGACACUAUUGCACGGCGAAACCGGCCAACCCGCACAAAUUGUGACUCAUAAUCAGGCAGAGGAGGCUGAUUUCGAGGAUGUGCUGGCCUGGCCUGCCACCGCGACUGUUGAGGCCGCUUGA